CUCCCCGCUACAGUUCGAGGUAGGCCAGCGCGACGUCGUGACGUUCCAUCCAUCGUGGGUCGAUCGAAGAAUCGUUCGAAUGCGCCGCGCCGCUUGAUCGCUCGAUUUCUGUGGAUCGCGGUGGGUUCGGGGAACGCGUGUGGUGUCAGUGAACGCGAUACAACGGGCAGCGAGAAGAAGAGAUAGAGAAGGCGAUAAAGAAAAACGUUGGAACGGUGUGUGGUGAAGGAAAGAAGCGAGGACUAUCUUCUCCGUGGAGAGUGAAGAUAGGCAGCGAUCACGUCACGAUGGCAGCCCGUCGUCGCGAGAGUUCCACCUCCGUAGCGAUGGUCAUUCUGUUGCUGCAGCUGAUGACAGCUUACGCGAAUGCAGCAGAUCCAUACUUGGAAAUCCUGCCGAACGGCGAGACGCAGACGAAGGCGAUCGGCUCCAGCAUCCUCCUUACGUGCAAACCGAAGGUGGACGAUCCAACGCUCGUUAGCCAGAUGCAAUGGCUCGACCCGCAGAAUCUCGUGAUUGAAUCUCUCAAAUACGUCGUCUACCCGCUCGAAAGUGGGCAGUCCCCGGGUCAGACGAAGCCGGUCAUGUACACCGAAUUGCAUCAGGAUGGCAUCAGUCUAUCCCUCUUCUUUAAUUCUCUUCAAGAGCAACAGGCUGGGAAGUACACGUGCAGAGGGAAUUACGCGCGUAAUGUGCCAUUAAGCAAGUCCGUGACAAUCGAUACUAUUAUUGCGAUCACGUGGGACAAUGCACCGCCAAAUCAGUAUCCCAUUCUCGGCGAAGACUUUGAUAUUCAGUGUCAGGUACGCGCUAGGCCGUCGCCUUCGGUUGAUUGGCUUUACAACGGAGAACUGAUCAAGACGAACGAUCACUUUAUUAUAAACACUCACUCCUUAAAGAUCAAGAAUGUUCAAGAGUCCGAUGACGGCGUGUACACAUGUCGUGCAUCGGUACCGACCACAGGAGAAUUACAAGAGCGAGCUAUCCGCGUUGAGGUACACAUAAAACCUGUGAUCGAAGAAAUUCUGAGUCCAGUUGACAUUAUCGAAGGCGAAAACGCGAAUAUUGAGUGCAAAGCUAGCGGCAAACCUCCACCAUCGUUCACAUGGGUGAAAUCUCUCACCCAACAGAACCUGUCUAUUGCCGAUCGCUUUGGCGUCGAUCCGGUCACGGGGGUGCUCACCAUCACGAAUGUGAAUCGCGAGGACGCGGGCGAGUACCAGUGUACCGCGGCGAACGCUGCCGGUAUCGCCACCGCCAACAUCUUGGUGAACGUGAUCGUCAAGCCGAAAAUCAUGGAGUUCCUGAACAAAACUACAGUCGAGGGCAAAGACGUGGAGAUCAAGUGCAAAGCCUUCGGCCGACCACCGCCCGAGGUGACUUUCAGAAAGUUCACCGCCGACAAGCCAUACAUGAUGGGCACUCAACCGCAAGACGACCGGAUCAUCGUGAAGAACGAUGUGGACGACGGAUCCGGCGAGACCGUUGGCACCCUGUCGAUCAUGAAAGCUCUCACCGACAACGACGGCUUGUACGAAUGCGUGGCAAAAAAUACAGGCGGCGUCGCCUACAAGAACGGUCAUUUGACCGUGGAGUUUCCGCCCUCCUUCCGUAGCAUGUCGAACAUGACGUUCUGGUCUUGGGAACAGCGACCGGUGAAUCUCACCUGCAUCGCCGAGAGCAUACCGAACGCGACGAUACGCUGGACCUUUUAUGGGGAUCGAAGCGUCGAUACCGACCCCAAUAUCAGGCAGCAUGGUAACGGACCAGUUUCCAAUCUGGAGAUAUUUCCGUUGGACAGGAGAUAUUAUACCAAUUACAAAUGUAUCGCUGGAAAUCCUCAUGGUACGCGGGAGCAUUCGAUUGAAUUAAGGGAAGCUACGAAACCCGGCGAACUUUUGCAAGUCAAGAUGGCCGAGAUCACUGCCACGACGAUAAAAUUCGAUCUGAUACCGCCCGUGCAUCCGGAUUUACCUGUCAAGACUAUCACCGUGCAGUACAAGGAAGAAUACCAGUUGGAUUGGCAAAGGGCGAAGAAUAAGACAUGGUCUGUCGGUUCCGUGUACGUUAUCGAGCAGUUGAAACCACAGACGCCCUACGAUUUCCGAUUUGCGGCGAAAAACGACGUCGGUUUGGCUAACUGGGCUAACUUCCACCGAGAGAUCACACCCGGCAGAACGGUGCCGCAGGAACCGAGAAUCGUGACCACGCCAGGCGCCAAGUACGAGGUUUCCGAGUUCAAUCAUCAGUACGAGCUCAGCUGGUUGGUGCCUCCCGAUAAUGGCGAACCCAUAGACAAGUAUCAGAUCAAAUACUGUGAAAUAAGACGUGUUGCCGCCAUCGCCACCGAGUGGGAACCAUUAGAGGAUACUUGCCAGUGGAAGGAGGUCACAAACGUAGGCAGGACGAGGGUCUACCUCAAGAAUCUGAAAUACGAUACUUACUACACGGUCGAAUUGCAAGCUCAUAACAUAAUGGGCUACAGUAAACCUGGUUACGCCAAGUUCAGGACGUCUAGAGACUCUACGGUCGCAGACUACGGUGGUAGUGCUGGUGAUACUUGCAAGGCCGGCGUCGCCAUUACCGCAGCAGUAAUGCUCCUAUCUCUAGCCAUUUAGAGUCGCCGUCAGGGAUAUUUGCUCCUCGCGCUCUAGAUCCUCCCUCCGUCGUGAACGCACGCGAUAGGAAGCGAGGCGAAUUCGCGAGGCCGACAGUACAAGCGAGACACCACGAUGGACGAAAGUGACACACACGCUCCACUAAUAUAACACACCCUUUUUCGUGAUUUCCUGCGAAUCUCGUGUUUCGUUCAAAUCUGAUCGAAUUACCUUAGGCGAAUCUCGGAUACAAAAGCGUUUUUUCCGCUGAAAAGAGGUUUCGUACGAGACACGACGGCGUAAGUUCAUCGCGAGGACAUUUUGUACACGAUUGUGUCCGUUCAUUUAUAUAUCCAUUUAGUAGUAAACGAUCGACAACGAAGAGCUAAGUAAAUUGAUACGUUCGCCGGUUACAUUCCGAGAGUAAAGAGAUAGCGUUUAAGUGAGAGUUCUCUGUAAGAUGGAACAACGUGAAAAGUCGCGAUGUGCGAAGAGUGUAUUUAUACGUAUUAUUUGUUAAAUGCUCACUGCGUGUUAGUAUAAACGUACUGGUACGUUUCCUCUUUCACUUAAUCUCUUCUUCUUUUUUUUUUCAUAUAUAAGUUAAGGCUGUACUUUGGUGACUUUUGUAAGAGAGGCGGGUGCCGCAGUGCGCAAAGGAUAAACGUUCCCCUGGUCACCGUCACGGUGCAGGGGAAUUCACGUAACCAAAACGAAUGACGUAGUGUACCAAUUACUUCGCGCGUUACGAUAAUUUUUGUUUCUUAAUUAAAGUCGGAUCUAAUGCACUUUUAAACAGAGAUAAGAUACAUAAGUCACGACUACGCUUCGUCAACUUUUGCAGUUUACGAAACUUUUUGUAUGGUAUGUUAUUAUAUCGAUAGGUAAAAAGAGAAGAAAUGUGCUUCCCUAUAUAUAGGUUGGUUCGAGCAUAAAUUAACGACUUAUGUCGGAUAGGUAUGACUAUACGAGAGCGUGAGACUAUAAGAUGUAGCAGCGACCGUAAGAGUGCUACUGCCCUAAAUUGUCGACCAUUCACGCGCAAAGUUUACCGACGAUGAGGAAGGAUAUUAUAAUCGAUAUUAAAGUAACGAACAGCAGCGAUUAGAAUCGCGGCGACUCGUAAGUCACGCACGAAUAUACGAAUGUAAUAAUCCGUGUCCCGUUGAAUGCUUAAGAUUGGAGCAUCGGAGCUGUUUACUGAGUUUUGCCGAUCAAGUAUACGUCGAAAGUAUUUUUAGACGAAACUUUUUUCACGUCUUUUGCGAUCUAAUUUUUUACAAGAGGAAGUUAACGAACUUUCUGUGAUUGAUUGACGAACAAAAGGGGAGGGAGAAGAAUAAUAGAGCGAUUAAGUAAACGCGAUCAACUCGGAUUCAUCAUAACUGUUAGAAGAAGAAGAAAAAAUUAAUUAAGUUAUAUAACGCGUAAAAACGUCGGUGCUUGCUGUUACGAAAGAAAGAAAGAAGAAAAAAAAUCCGUUUUUAUCGAGGCCUUGAGAGGUGGGACAUUUUCCUCCUUCGUAAAAAGUCGACACUUUAUAUCCAUGAUUCGCAUUCGUGCGAUGUUCUUUUACGAGGCAAAGAAUUUCACACGAACGAGCGAAACUCCUCGCGAAGUCGCGUCACGCACACAAGAUCCAGAAACGUUAAUCCUAGAACCCGACCAUGUCCACUGCCGGACGUAGAUAUGAAGGGACGAGUGAAUAAAGAAAUUAUUACGCGGUAACGAAAUUAGUGUGUAUCUUUGAGACACUUUUUUUCACAUUUUUACGGAAUAUCGCACAGCAGUAAAUUGCUGUUUUACACGCAAUGUAUUACUGUUAUAUAUAUUACGCAGAGAUAAGACGAGAUAAAAUUAUAAUAAGAUAAAAUUGUUACAAUAGGAGUUCUUUAAGAGUUAAUUAGGAUUAGCAAUCUCAUUGUAAACAUUCGUUGUGAAAUAGUAAUCUGUAAUUCUACGGUCGGGUUCUACGACUAAUCGCGAGACAACAAAAAUCCGAAAGAAUACGACGACUCACACGACUGCCAGUUAAUAUUUCAGUUUGGAUUAAUUUCGUAUGAAAAUUGCGUCUGAUUUUUCUCUCCUCUCUUGCCUUCGAUUUUCGUUUAUCUCUUUUUUUGUAAUCUACCUUUUUUUGGGAAUUUAUUUAAUCAUUAGUUUCGCUUGACUAGUUUUGAGAUACAUGUUUAGUGUGCGCAUGAUCUGUGUGUUGCGAUCAUUACGAUUUAUACGACUCUUAUUACAUUUACAAUGUAAUUAUAAAUUUGUUACAUCGCCGUAGCUCUUACGUAUCCAUAUAACCGCCGCUACCGGCAGUACAGCCGCUAUCACCGCCGCCGUAAUUAUCACUGGUAACCACUGUCGUGAUUAAUCACUAAUCUCCGGCGAUGAGAUAAGGGAAAUCGAGAUCGGUCUAAUUUUGGCUAGUUUAGAUUUCGAUGCGGAAGAUACGCGAACUCUGUUCCCGAGCGGAGUAACUGGAAUGUGCUCAUCAGAUAAAGUGUACGUUUAAUGACUAUGCAUAUUCUACUAUAAAUUAGAUUGCGAAACAAUCUUUUAAUAAUAAAAUUAAAUUUGAAGUCAUAGAAUUAUUAAAAGUAUGCUUUAACCGGAAGUUACGGAAAUUAAAAGUCACCGAAUGGAAAUUGAGAGGUGUAACAUUAGAAAUUCCCUCUGAAUUUUGUCAUUUACUCAUUUCCUCUAUUUCGCGACGCAGUUACUCCGGUGGAAAAGAGCGCGUCGAUUGGGGCGCAAAGUACAUCCUUCCCCUUUUUAUUCUUUCACGUCGAAAAUUGAACUUGACGAAAUUAUAUGGUUUCGAUUCCUGGAUAAGAGACUGCAAAAGGAGCGCGGUUCGAUCUCGAAGGCCUGGUCGUAUCCGGAACGGGCGGUCUUUUACCUCAAGUGCCUGUACACACAUACACGCGCACAUACAUACGUCCACCCACUCAUUCACACAUACAUAUACAUUUACACAUAUGCAUCGAUCGCCUCCCCGCGAGGCUCACGCGAAAACACCGACGAUCGAUCUCGAUGUGACGAGGUCUUCGACCUAAAUCUUUUUACGUCUCUUUUAUGUCUGUACGCAAUGCCUGGGUUCUUAGAUAUUAGUCCACACCGCAUGGCAUGCGCUUUGUUAUCAUUACCCCCUUCUCAUUAUUAUUUUUUUUUAAUUUUUUUUAAUUUAGCAAUGCGUCACGCCGAUCCUCAUCGGCGAUGUUCCCAUUCCAUACACGAUGUCCCCGUUUAGGUGGAGAACGCGAAGAACGCGAAGAACUUGUUCGCGAGUUCUUGGCAUUUGACACGAGCGUAUCGGAUUUUGAUGACGGUUUUAUUUUAUUUUUAUUAUUUUUUUUUUUUUAACAGUUUUAAGUCGACUUUUUUCACGUUAAGAAUUUAAAAAACUUGCAUUUUACUCCGCGCAUCUAUUAUUAAAAAAGUUUAAAUACCAUCACGAAUUAUAAGACUCGCUCUCUCUUUCUUUCUCUCUCUUGAAAAGCUCCAAAUUAAAGUGGUAUUCGAGAACCACUUAAUUUUUUUGUUUAUUUAAAAUUCAGUUUCAGCAGAGAUUUUAUUUCAAAUCAAGUGGUUCAUUAUUUGAUAAUUGAAAGCUUGCGCGAAAAAUUGUCGGUAAUGAAAAAUCGAUUCCAUACACAAACCGCAGAAAAAUCUGUCAUCAAAGUUUGAUAUGGUAAAAGUAUAAAUGGACCAUAUACAUAACCGAACAUAGCGUAAGAAUAAUCCGAUCGUAAUUACCGAUUACACCGAAUAAUAUUACGAAAAUUGGUGAUAUAGUGGCCCCGAGGUUCUUUAAUGUUCGCGCGCACGGUGCAACAAACUUUUGUCGAAACUGAGCCACGACGCCGGGGCACAUAUCGCGAAUUUAUGGAAGCAAACACGUCUGCAAAUCUUACGAAAGUACCGGGUGUAAAAACAGCAACUUCUCCCGCAAUAUAUUCCCAUGCCUCGGAAAUGGAAUAACCAAUAGCAUUCUGUGUCUCGCAAGAAGAAAAAAAAAGAGAAAAGAAAAUAUCGGAUCCAAGAGCAGAAACGAACUUCAUUUCUUCUCGUCCGAUUUCUUCUUUCGCCCGCCCUUCUGUUUCCGAGCGGUAGAAUGAUAUUGAUUAAUCUAGCUUCCAGGUAUCGGCACUCAUCGCCGUGUCGAUAACAUUAAAGCCGGCACCGGGAUUUUUAGACACAAAAUAUAAUUAAAUAUCAUGAUAAAUGAACCCCGACGAGAACAACCUCCUUACUUCCGUUCGCACAGUCGUAAAAGCUCGGACUGGAUCCAGUCGACGGGAAGACGGAAACGUCUUUUACGCGUUGUUUUGCCUCCCGUAACAAUAAACUCCAGCGUAACUUUGGAAACGUCGCGAAGCGGAAGAAAACGUGGCCGCGCGCAAGCGGAUAAAGUCGCUUCGAGCCGAUGAAAGACAAGCGCGGAGAGAGACGGGUGGAAGGCUUUAAACCGAUGAUAAAGACAAUGUCGACGAGCAGCAGACGCGAUGGCAGAGGAUAACGAUUCGAAGGGGAUGAUAGUUGCCGAAAUGGUUUCCCAUCCGUCGUGAAUCUUCGUCCGAUGAGUUUUCCUCCUUUCUGGCGGAAAUCGCCGGGCGAGCUCGAGAACCGAUUGUAACUGGAACUGGCCGAACGAGAAAUCCCUCGAAAUUCGCACUUUGUCUCGAUAAAAGGAUUUGUGGAAUUGCAACGAACAGACCACACGGUGUAUAUCGAUUCAGUCUGUCGCUUCGACGAAGACACGGGGUCUUCCGUUAUUCCGCUUUGCCGAACAGAAUCGCACAAUUCUGUCAAAGUCCAGUCCAUUUCCGUCAAUAUCGGCGGAGUAUCGUAAAGUCUGUUUGCCUGCGUUUAUACUCGCGUAUUUAAUGCGAAUUGUUUCCUUCGUGCGUUGAAUUUCGCGCUGUCGUUCCACUUUCAUCCCGUACAAAUAUCGCGUCCACGAAAUAUUCAUCCGCAACAAAACAUUUGGGAUAUAAUUUUUCGUAGACGCGAGACGUCUCAUCUACUAGUGAAAUUCAGCGGAAUAAUUGGUGAAAUUCAAUGGCGAACCGUUGACGAGAACACGGACCAUUGUGCAGAGCUUCUCUUCGCACCGAAAAGGAUACAGUAAUCCAGAAACAGACAACAAUUUAACAGCAAGUUAAAUGCGCGGGAGUGCGAACAAUCGCUCGAACAAACGACUCUCUCUCUCUAUGCGCGAUUGUUCGACCUGUCGCGUUUCGCGCCAACUAAUUACGCGAACACCGCGCACGACGAACUCGUUCCUCUUUCCUCCUCCUCUUCCUCCUCCUAGUCUAGAGACGGGAGAAAGAGGAGACACGGUCGUGCUUGCGGAAGGCCUCAAACCGGAGCGGAGACGCGCACGCGACCAACGACCCCUCUUCUCUUCGCAGGAUCAAUCGUUCCUCGAUUCUUGCGCCGCGGCCGGAAUUGUCUCUGCCGAGGAAAUCAAGGCGGCUUUGUGUUUCGUUGUCGGCACGAGAGAGGAUCGAUCCCCCGCGCAAACUGCGCCGCGCCGCGUCUGGAUAAAUUGCGAGCGUAUAAAUGCUCCAUUCGGCAACGACGACUCAUUGUUCGCGCGAGCGUUUGCUUUCACCCGGACGCUUCGAGCACCGGCAUCAUCAUCUCGAGGACGCGAUUGCGGACGGAAUCAAUUAGCGGGGAAUGUGGGAUUAUUCCGAUUGACUCGCUUUGUGGGGCGGCUGGGUACGAUUAUAUUGAAUUUAUCUCGCGGGAAGAAAUGCCAUUGUCGAGUGGAGUAAUUCGAAAGGAAUGAAACAAAUGAUGAUUCUUCGUUGGUCAAGUAAACCAUCAUUUUUUUUUUUUUUUAUUCUGAUUCGAGAAGCUUCUAAAGUUUAAUUCUUUAUUUUAGUUUAUUUAGCAAAAUUUCUCAAACGCGUCUUUGUUACUUAUGUCACGAAUUGUCUUUUAAUUAUGUACGUGCCAAAACGUUACCAAAAAUAUAAAAAUUUCGUAGACUCUUUUAUCAUUACGUUUGAAUGUCUGUGUUAAAUUUCAGCAAAAUUCUCUUAUUUAAUAGAUAGUAGCAUUGCGAGUUAAAUCAAAAUUUUUACAUAUACUAAUAACAAUAUUUAAUAAAUAUUUGUGCAAAAAUUUAUUCAGCUUUACCUAUUCGUUUAAAAGUCAUUUAAAACUAUACAGCAAAAAAUAGUCAUUUUCGCUGCAUAAACCAUUUAUAAACGAAAUUUUCGUUGUUUUUUUCUUUGCAGCUAAUUUCCGAGUCCAAAUUCGCGAUCAAAAUUUGUUGUCGUUGAUCAGGAGGAAAAAAAGAGUAUAAACCUCUUAAGCUUUUAUUUUUUAAAUUUCCAUAACUUUCAGCUCAUAUCGUACAGUCAGAACAUCCUUGAUGCCGCGAUAUGUAGGCACCGCGUUUUCUAAAAUGUUUCCCCGAGAGACGCCGAAAUAAUACACGUCCAAUAUACACACAAUCUGAACGUGUCUAUGUAGAAGCAAGAAGUUUCCCAGCAGUAGCAGCAGCAGCGGCAGCUGGAGUGUUUCUCGUUACGGAGAUAAUCUCUCCGUGCGCGUACAAAUGGAUCGCUCGAGAGGAGGAGGGCCGUGUGUUUGCGCUGUCUGAUGCGCCGAGUCCAUUCUCGAGUACCCCGCGCGCCUUCGUGGGGGAGAUAGAAACAAGGAAACGUAGAAGAGCCGAAUAGGUCCGCUCGCGAUUGCAAAUUCGUUCGUGGAAAGCCUUCGGGCGGUCGGCGGCGCCGUUGGGUGUCGUUGCGCCGUUUAUAAAUAGCCGUCGCGUUAAAGAGAACCGCGUCGAGAGGAUGAAUCGGAGUGACUGGAAGAGAGAGAGCAACGAGCAUAAGCGGGAUACUCUCUCCGCGAUCUAUUUCCGAUGGGUAUGCAUUUUCGCGCGAUUUCGCAGUACCAGGGUCCUCUCCAAUCCGCGUAGUAAAACGCGGCGCUAUCUGAACUAUUCAUUGUGAAAGGGUACAUUGAAAUCACUUUACCCAAGUAAUCUUCGUUCAUUGCUCUGUAAUUGCUUUAUAAAUCUUUUAUCUGGUUAAAUGUUAUUCGAAAAGAAACCAUGAAUUAUUUAUUUUUGCAUAAAAUUAAAUUUAUUAGAAUCACUUUGAUUAUACCGUUCUCUUGGUAUGAUAAAAAGAUUUAACGGUACAUUUAAUAUUGAAAUAUUGAUAUAUUAUAUAAAAAAGAUUAAGUGCCUGAAGGUUCACGUACAAAAUAGCGUUUCGGUGUGUGGCUCGGUUAAUGGCAACCGUCUGUAUUCGGAAAAGCCUUCCGCCAAUGCGUUGGUGGCGCAUUUUUUGCGCACUUUUUCAAUCUCUUUUCUGUUAUCUCGUUUAAUCGUAAUAAGAUACCGGUUUCGGGGAUUUUCCAGCGCGUUAAACAGAACCUCUACAGACACAUUAUUGCGUCACAGAAAGAGACCGUUUAAACUACUUACGAGAAUCGUAUAGCGUUAAUAAAAACUAACAAUUUUUUUUAUCCCCCUCCCCCUUCAACGCGUUUUUUUCGUAAUCCGCAAUAUCGCAGUUAUCCGGGUGAAGGAAAAGAAAGGGUAUAUGCGCGCCGUUUACGAGUUGACUUUAGAUUUACAAAAGGAUUGUUCAGGUUUAAGAAACCUAAAAGAAUCGCGCCGACACGGAGCUCUAGGUCCGUAUACGUUACGACACGGACCGAAAAUAGACCGGAAUGCGAAAUCGAAUUUCAACGCGGCCGGCCAUUCGGUUCUCGUUGCCGUUCCGGUUGCUUUUACGAGACAUUCGAUGAUCGCGGGUAGUAGUGAUCCCCUUGUGUUCUUCUCCGUUCUUUCUUUUUUUAGUUUUUAUUACGGUACCGUGGACUCCGCUCGUAGCUUCCGAAGGGUAUAUAUUUACAUACCACACAGAUACAAAACACACACGCAUACACGCAUAUGCAUAUACAUAAAACAUAUACAUGAUACACGUAUAUACGAUAGACAUUUAUGUACAAACGUAUAUAUAAAGAAAUAUACAUAGAUAGAUAGAUAAAACAUUUACAUACGUCUAAGGAUAUGUACUAGCCUAGUGCCUACUAUGUUCAUAUUUAUGAGAAGGAUAUAUCGUAUAAUUCGUUCUUUCCUGUGCGAAAACAUACAAUAUUGUAAAUACAACGGAACGACGUAAAAAAAAAAAAUAUAUGUGAGUGUCUAAGGAGAAAAAAGCAAUACGGAUGGACGAAUCCGAGCCAGCGGAGAAGCCACCUUCAAAUUGUAUCUUGUGCCAAAAAAAUUGUCGAUUUUCCGAGCUUUCGAACGUAAUGACGAGCGGAAGGAGGAAGGAGAAGACGGGAUGAUGGUCGUUCGACCGGGAAUCAGCCGAGGGCCCUUCUGGCCCCUUCUGGCCCCUUCUGGCCCCUUCGCGCGUUUUGCAAUUUGAGAUGGUUUCUUUUUCGGCGGUCUUGUUUAUUUUUUCGCUUAUCAUAUACACAUCGCCUCUUUACUUUGUAAUUAUGAUAAAUAAAGCACGGGAAGCGACGCGCGCCGCCGAAAAAAAACGGUAAAUAUCCCCUUAAAGUACAAGCAAGUGCAAGAUGUGGCCGCUAACUAACGUAGUUGAGAGCUCUGUUAAGGAUUGGCAGUGAGCGAGCGAAUGAGGGAAGGAAGAGAGAGAAUGGGAGGCUGAAUGAUGAAGAAUGAGUGAACGUAAGACAGAACUAAAUGCGAGGCACUCACAGUGGAGGGGCUUUUUGUGUGGAGGUAGCACUUUUAGACUAGUGGCGCGUAGAUACUAACAUCGGUUGUGGGAGGCUAGUGAAUGAGCUUUUUUUUCUCCUCUCCCCUCCCUAACAUCUUCCGCUCUCCCUUUGAGCUUUUUAGCACCGCUCGUGUUGCGUGGUGUUGCGAAACGAACCUUCUACCGCUUGUACGCUAUUGCAAUGCGCUAAUUAUCGCGAUCCAUUAACCAGCGUGUAACACAAGCGUAGCACACGAAAAAAAAAAA